AUGGUGACGGAGGAACAGUCGGCUCCGCCACCCGAACGCGGGAUGAGCACGCCAGGCGAUCUCAAGCGGAAUCCGCUAACCCCAGAGCAAUUGCGGAGAAUAGAAAACAAUCGCCAGAAAGCCAUAGCAAUACGAGAACAACGCGAAGCCGAACAAGCUCGAGCUCACAAUGCUGAUCCUUCGUCCACCAAAGGUGUCAAGCGAACCUACUCCUCCAUGACUGCCUCCGAUCCUCCGGCGACUCUGCGCGAUGCGGCCUCUACAGAUAAUCGCCCCCUAGAUGGCAUCAAGCCGGCGCGCAACUUUACCAAAUUCGUUGAAUACGACUUCUCCAAGAUCACCGACACGAAGGGUGGGUUCUUGACCGAAGAGGAUGACCGCUACAACAAAGCCCUUCAUGUUCGGGAUGAGAAGGCGGAGCAGAAGCCAGCGCACAUGACGCAGAAGGAAUGGGAGCGACAACAGCUGCUAAAGAAUCUCCAUCGAGAUCGUGCAGGACCCUUCGAACCGGGGCUCAGUGUGUUGGAUGAGCGGACACGACAGAAAACGUGCCGAGAGUGUGGCAGCUUAGAAAUCGACUGGAAAUGGGAAGAAGCGCUCCGGUGCUGUGUCUGCCAUGCUUGCAAGGAUAAAUUUCCGGAGAAAUACAGUCUACUUACCAAGACCGAGGCACGAGAGGACUACCUCCUGACCAAUCCCGAACUUCAGGAUGAGGAACUCCUCCCACACCUGGAGCGCCCGAAUCCGCAUAAAUCAACGUGGAAUAACAUGAUGCUGUACCUACGGUAUCAGGUCGAAGAGUACGCCUUUUCCGCCAAGAAAUGGGGCUCACCCGAAGCCUUGGACGCGGAGUUUGAGCGACGCGAGAAUGAGAAGAAGCGCCGGCGGGAGGUCAAAUUCAAGAGCAAACUUGAAGACCUUAAGAAGCGUACGCGAGUCGAUGCAUACCGACGUAGCCGGCAAGGAGCGACCGGUGGUAAUUUUGGAGAUGACCUGGGGGGUGGUGGACGACAUGUACAUCAGUGGGGAAGAUCGGUCGAAGAUCCCAAGACGGGGAUUGGGGUCAAGAAAUGCGUUGACUGCGGGAUGGAAGUCGAAGAACUCGAGUUCUAA